UAUAAUCGCGUGGCAACUACAGCGACACGGUCUCUCUCAUCCGGGUUUUGGCUGGCAUAGCGUUGCGCUUUCCAGGCCUUUGCCGCGGCGGCUUGCGAUGCGGUUGGUGGAUACGAAGGAAAUGCUCCGCUCAUCUGGGGUGCAGAUUGUAGGCUUGCUCGCAUUUGGAGAUUUGUAUGCGAUAUCACCGAGCAUACAAUAUAUGUAAACCUUGGGUCUGGGUUUGGAUCUUGGACGUCAGGGCGAAGACAUUGUUUAUAAGUACCCCCGACCAGAUCAACAUUGAAACAUCAAGCACCUCCACUCGAAGCAAUAUCAACCAUCACAAUGAAGUUCUCUGCCCCUCUUGUCCUUGCUGCUGCAGCCAGCUCGGCAUCUGCCCACACAAUCUUCGUCAGCGUCAACGGCGGCGCAGUAGGAGAUGGUGUCCGCGUUCCCUCAUACGAUGGCCCCAUCAACGACGUCUCCACAAACGACAUAGUCUGCAACGGCGGCCCCAACCCCACGGCCAAAACCUCCACCGUCAUAACCCUCCAAGCCGGCUCCACCGCCACCCUAACCUGGCGCCACACCCUCACCUCCGGCCCCUCUGACGUAAUCGACUCCUCGCACAAAGGCCCCGUAAUGGCCUACAUGAAGAAAGUCAGCGACGCCAAAACCGACUCGGGCGUCGGCGGCGGGUGGUUCAAGAUCGCGGAAGACGCAUUCGACGGCUCGAAAUGGGGUGUUGAUCGUCUGAUCGCCAAUCAGGGUGUUCAGACUGUUACCAUUCCCAAGUGCAUUGCUCCCGGACAGUAUCUGUUGAGGGGUGAGCUGAUUGCGUUGCAUUCGGCAAGUAGCAGUAUGGGCGCGCAGUUUUAUAUGGAGUGUGCGCAAAUUAAUGUUAUUGGUGGGGAGGCGAGCAAGACGCCAAGUACGGUUUCUUUCCCGGGCGCGUAUAAGCAGAAUGAUGCGGGCAUUUUGUACAACUUGUACACGGGCAGCAAGACGUACACAAGCCCGGGUCCGGCAGUGUUUAAGUGCUAAGUCUUGGAGUGGGGAAGAAGACAUGCAUAUUAGUAGGCUGGGUAUUAGCUACUAGAGUUGUUGUUAGACAGAAGCACUGGC